CGUAUCAGAGAAACUAUACAGAGUGACGUGUUCGAAUAACAACCACAUCAGCCACAUCUCAGAAAAUUUCAGUGCAGGGUGCAGGCCGAUUACGUUUAGGUCAACAAUUGUCUGCGUAACGUCGCGCAAGUUAUACUUUAUUUGAUCUUGCAAAUUGAUUUGACCGUUGCUGAUUUUUCACGUGGAAAAAAUGUCUUUCGUUUCGCCGAUGCCUAGCCAGGAAUUUCUCUGGAGCGUAUUCCAAAGGGUGGAUAGAGACAGAUCUGGUUCAAUUACUGCAGACGAAUUGCAGCAGGCUCUCUCAAAUGGUACAUGGACACCAUUUAAUCCAGAAACUGUUCGUCUAAUGAUUGGUAUGUUUGACACUGACAAAAUCGAUCCUACUACAGGUAUGUUUGAUAAAAACCAAACCGGUACUGUAAGCUUCGAGGAAUUUGGAGCAUUGUGGAAAUAUGUUACCGAUUGGGAGAAUUGUUUUCGAUCAUUCGAUCGCGAUAACAGCGGUAACAUUGACCGCAACGAAUUGAAGACUGCUCUCACAAACUUUGGGUACCGACUAACAGAUCAAACAAUUGACAUGCUUAUACGAAAGUAUGAUCGUGCAGGUCGUGGUACGAUAUACUUUGAUGAUUUCAUACAAUGCUGCAUAGUAUUAUAUACUUUGACAUCCGCUUUCAGACGAUUAGAUACAGAUCUGGAUGGUGUUAUAACAAUCCACUACGAACAAUUUUUGGGCAUGGUAUUUAAUCUUAAGAUAUAAACAUCAUGUAUCAUUUCUUUUCAUGCCUGUUUUGAUAGUAUGUUAUUUAAAGCUUAAAGGUAUACUACUAUAAGAUGCCAAAUAUAUAAAGAUAAAAAUUUCACUCUGCUACAUGUGAAAAACAAUCAGAAUCUCUGAAAUUAAAAUUUAUUUGCACAUUUAUUUACACUCAUUGUUAAUCAAAUUCGAUCCUAUUAUUAAAAAGCCUUUAUUAUAAAUUAAAAUAUACAUAAAUUUAUAUAUUUAAUAUGUAAGACGUAAAUUUAUAUGACAUACAUAUAUAUCACCAAGUUUGUUAUAAUCGAUCACACAAAUUAUUUACGCGUGCGUGUGCUAUAGAUAUAUACUGUACCUUCAUGUGACAUUCCUAGUUUUUUUUUUUUAAUGAUGCACUUAUAUUUUUUCUCUUCU